AUGGGAUCCCCUCUCUGGCUUUUCGCCAUAUUUGUGUCUUCAGUCAGAGCGUUCUCCCUCUGGGAAGCCUUCGUUGGGUCAGAUCCCUUCCAUGGUCCCAGAAAUCAAAUUCAAAAGCUUUUAGACCGCCCUAGCUUGACAGAAACAGGCUUCAGCGUUUACCGUUCCGAUAUCGACCGCGAUUAUGCAAUGAGAAUCAAAGAAGUAGACCCUUCCAAGCUUGGAAUUGACUCUACAAAGCAGUAUUCUGGAUACCUUGACUACCAAGAUUCGAAGCACUUCUUCUACUGGAGUUUUGAGUCGAGAAACGAUCCUAAAAAUGACCCCGUUAUCCUGUGGCUCAAUGGUGGUCCCGGGUGUUCUUCACUUACCGGUCUGUUCUUCGAGCUAGGUCCAUCGUCUAUCGGCCCAGAUCUCAAACCGAUUCACAAUCCUUAUUCUUGGAAUAACAACGCGACUGUCAUCUUUUUGGACCAACCAAUUGGCGUGGGCUUUUCUUGGGGCAAUGAUAGAAUCGCUACCACAAAUGCAGCAGGAAAAGACGUUUACAUUUUCUUGGAACUUUUCUUCCAAAAAUUCCCUCACUUGAGAUCUAAUGAUUUCCACAUUGCAGGUGAGUCCUAUGCUGGUCACUAUAUUCCAGAUAUUGCCCACGAAAUUGCAGUCGUUCAUGAGCACGACAAAACUUUUAAGUUAACGUCGGUGUUGAUUGGCAACGGAUUCACCGAUCCUCUGGUGCAAUACGACUAUUAUGAGCCCAUGGCUUGUGGUAAAGGUGGACACCAAGCUGUGAUUUCAAAAGAAGAAUGUGCAAAAAUGCGUACUGACAUGCCACGCUGCGCUAUCCUAAACCAAGCUUGUUAUUCCACCGGAUCGACAUUCGCCUGUAUUGCUGCAGCGACAUAUUGUGAACAAAUGGCGAUGAGUGCCUACAGCAAAACAAAUCUCAACGUUUAUGAUAUCCGCAGUAAAUGUGAGGACGAGGAGGGUGAUACUUGUUACAAGGGAAUAGGAUAUGUUGAAGAUUACAUGAACCUUCCAUAUGUGCAGACAGCGGUAGGGUCAGACAUUUCAAAGUUCAAAGGUUGUGAUAACGAUGUUUUUCUUUCGUUUGCGUUGACUGGAGACUCCAAUCGUCCUUUUCAACAAUACGUUGCCGAAUUAGUCAACAGAGACGUUCCCGUUUUGAUAUACGCCGGAGAUAAGGAUUUCAUCUGUAAUUGGCUUGGUAACAAGGCCUGGAUUGAGUCCCUAGAGUGGAAACAUCAAGAAGAGUUUGGCCCACUGCCUUUGAAGCCAUGGCUUUCUAAGCAUACAAAAGAAAGUUUAGGCGAAGUCAAAAGUUUUGGUUCUCUCACCUUUUUGAGAGUAUUUGACGCAGGCCACAUGGUGCCAUACGAUCAGCCAGAAAGCAGUUUGGAAAUGAUAAACAGAUGGGUAGCAGGUGAGUACAAACUUGGCUAUAAACAUUAA